UAAUCUGCUGCUUGUUUGUCAGAGAUGAUGCAACAUCAGAUCCACUGGAUUCCAGAUAACAACUGGUGAACGUUGUACUUUGAACAGCAGCUUGUUCCAUACAGGGAUUUAACCUCACAGCCCUGCAGCUGCUGUCGGACCAGGUUUCUUCUUCUUCUGGUCUGGAGGACCUCCUCUGCCAUCAUGUCCACCUCCAUGCAGAUCGCACCGGUCAUGGAAGAGACGUACGAUGGAGUUGGCCGCUGUAAGUGUGCCUUCUGGUUGGCGGUGGUCCACGACGUUCUGGGCGUCCUGGUCAUCAUGGUGGGGGUGUUCGGAGGCCUGGUGAUCCACGACGUCUUCAUCUACGGCGGCGCCAUCAUCAUCUUCCUCAGCCUGAUCUGGUGGAUCUUCUGGUACUCGGGGAACAUCGACGUUCCGCCGGAGGAGCUGGAGGACGACGUGGGCCUGAUGAAGCCCCAGAACAGGCGGCUCAGCCGGGCCGUCAGGCGGGUUUCCAACAGGAUCAGGAACUCCUUCAGGAAAAAGGCUCGGCCUCUGGAAGAGGAGCCCUCCGGGGGCCCCGGGCCCUCAGACUAUGGUACGGAUGUAAGGCUCUCCACCAUAUAUGGCAGCUCUAAAGGCUCUUCAUCAAAACAACUUGUGAGAGAAACUUUGUCCAUAUGAAGAGUCAGAACCUGGAGCUGGAGCUUUAUUUUGUCUUUAUUCACAGUUAUUUUUAUGCAUCUCUCAUCAUUAGUCAACACAGAGGUGAUGAAUGAUAAGCUGUAAACUUUGCACACAACAACAGCGGUUUGCUGACACAUUCAGAGACUAUUGACUGUUUUUACUGCCGACCAUCUGUAGCUCAUUUACAGAUUUCGGAGGAGUUGAAAUGAGUGAAGUGCUUAAUUUUAUCUGCAUGAUCUGUUCAUUUAUCAUGGAAGUUGAAACAAAACACUGACACACCUGAAACAGAAAACAGUUAUUAUUAAACAGCUGCUGCAACCUUUUGCUUUCCAAAUGUUCCCUAUUUGCAGCAGAAAUACUAAA